AUGACACAUUUAAAAAUUCAAGAGAAACCUCUUCCAUGUAAUCAUCCAUCAUUAGCUACUGUUUACAAUAUCUUUGGAAUAGAAAAGUCACUUCCAUCUAAUCGUCUAUAUUUCGUUACUACCAAAACUAAUGUUAGUUUAACAUAUCAGUUAGUAAAUGAUGAUUCGAUUGCAUUAUUACUUUACGAUAAGACAUUUGAUAUGCAGUUAAAAUUUUAUCCAUUUGAUCAUCUACAGAUAGCUGUUAUUCAGAAUAAUAUUGAUCAAGUAAGUCGACUGAGAAGAAACUAUUUUGGUGCAUUAUUAUAA